GUCAGCCUGACAGAACAGCUCCAUUUGACAGUUUUCGUUUCCUGCACUCUCUUUUCGUUUGUAACUGAACCGACGAAGACAUUGAAAAUGGUGAAUGUUCCCAAGCAGCGCAGAACUUAUUGCAAGAAGUGCAAAGUUCACCGAGUUCACAAGGUAACGCAGUACAAGAAGUCUAAAGAACGACAAGCUUCCCAGGGUCGUCGCCGUUACGAUCGUAAACAAAAGGGUUUCGGUGGUCAGACUAAGCCAAUCUUCAGGAAGAAGGCUAAGACCACCAAAAAGAUUGUACUGCGAAUGGAAUGCGUCGAGUGCAAAUACCGCAAACAAGCCCCUCUGAAGCGUUGCAAACAUUUCGAGCUGGGUGGCGACAAGAAGCGAAAGGGACAGAUGAUUCAGUUCUAAGUGAAAUAACUCUUAAUGUUUAAUUAAGAGCAAUACAAACAUUUUCUUUACUGUUAAAAAAUCACUGAAGGAACUACGCAAUACAAACGGAGUUUCUGUAGUACCUCA